CUACAUAAUACAACCUCCCUUGCCUUUAUAUUAACUAACUGAUUUUUUUUUUAUUUGUGAAACACCUUCAUAUUCAACUCAACUUGCAUUAUCCAGUUUCAAACUCGUCACUAUAAAUACUCCUUCUGAUCACACUUCUAUGUAUCUCAUCUCACUAUACUCACCUCCUUCUUCAAGUUUGAAACCCCUAGCUCAAAAACAAUGGCCAUCUCAAGGCUUCUCAUUGCUACCUUCCUCGUCUCCGUCCUCGUCCUCCAGCUCGCCCAGGCUCAUGAUCAUGAUCAUCAGCAAUCCAAGAAGGCCUUCGGAUUAACGGGCUACACCGGUAGCUCUCCAAAACUCGAUUGUGGGAGCUCUUGCGACGUUAGGUGCCAAUUAUCAAGUAGGCCAAACCUGUGCAAGAGGGCUUGUGGGACUUGCUGUGUCCGGUGCAGCUGCGUCCCUACCGGCACCGCCGGUAACUACGACGAGUGUCCUUGCUACGGCACAAUGACCACCCACGGCGGCCACCGCAAGUGUCCUUGAUUAGAGGACUCGAAGUGGCCGGCCGGCCGGCAACUUAAUUUCUCUAUCGAGACAUAAGAAAGAAUGAUCAUCACUUUGCUUGUACGAUACGAACUUUUGGGGACGCUUGAUGUUUGUCAGGUUCCAUGGAUGAGUUGAAAUGGUUUUUAUAUUUGUUGUGUGUACAUCUGAUCAGCCUUUGUGAUUGAUGUUUGGAGAAAUAAAAAUCAAGGAUUUCGCUUAUUUUGGAUUCCACGAGAAUUUUGACUACUAGUAUAGAAAGUUAUUAUAAUUAUUUAUCUAGCCAAGUUAAUCGAGGGAUUCAUUCAAAAUAACAAAGUUUUAAUUGAAGU